GAGCGUCAGGCCCGCCGUCUGCUCACCCAGCUGGAGCACAUGCAUGCCAAGCAGCCUGAGCUGGAGGGUGAGUACAUGGGCUGGGCAGGAGACAACCGCUGUGAGAUUCUGAGUUCUGUCCACUUGAAGAAAGCUCAGGCCUACCAUGGGCCCAGGAGAGAGAAAGCCAGGGAAUCCAGAGGCCUUGAAGGAAGCCUGGCAAGGCUCCCUGGGGUGGAACGGAGGCACUGGUGCUUGUCAGGGAGGCAAGGGUCUUCUGGCAUUAGGAAAGACUGAGGGGAAGGCGGUCCUGGAGUGGAUCUUUUCUUGCAGCUGUGCCUACAGUCCCAAUGCUUGCAGACAAUGCAAGUGCACAAGAAUGGGCACCUGAAGCACUGGCUCCAACACCCAGCAUGGAAGCAAUCCUCCCAUCUCAGUCAUAUUUAGAACUGAGUACAGCCUCAGAACCCCCUUCAGGCCCAGGACAUGCUGUGGAGCUCCAGCAUGAGCCACUGGGAGAUGGAUAUUCUGGCUCCCCUGCACCAUCUUUGAUGGAGCCAUCUGCAGGUCAGUCCAUGACCCACAGCCUUUCCCCUUCCCCAGCACCAAGUCUGGAGCUUAAACUCCAAGACUCAGCUCCUCUAUCUGAUUUAGGAGGGGUGACAUGCAGCUCUGUGCCUGGGUCACCUAGCCCAGUGGCACCAACAACUUCAGCGCCAGGAAUCCAAGCAGCAGGCCAUGCAGGAGGAGAGACCAUGUCAGUGUUCCCUCCAGAGUUCCAGCCACCUCAGGGCAAGGCUGAACCAAUUGCAACAUGCACUCCAGCACUGGAAGCAUGUGCCGUUCAGCCAGUGGUUCCCCAGGCCAUUACAUCAUAUAACACAGGGCCAGAGCUAGAGGACCCAGGCCAUGCAGAAGGAGAGGCCAUGUCAGUGUCCACUCCAAAGUACCAGCCACCUCAGGGCAAGGCUGAACCAAUUGCAACAUGCGCUCCAGCACUGGAAGCAUGUGCCGUUCAGCCAGAGGCUCCCCAGGCGAUUGCAUCAUAUAACACAGGGCCAGAGCUAGAGGACCCAGGCGAUGGAAGACUGGACUCUGCUCUGGGUCCUUGUGUGGAGCAAGAGGAGUCUUGCUCGCUUGCUGGAGAGGCCGCCUGGCUUCCUCCUCCUGAUGAGGAACCAGAGCCAUCUGCACGAGAGCCUCUACCCACCACCCUGGAUGUGGCAGCCGUCCCAACUGCACACCUAGACAUGGAUGCCACAGAUUCAGGAGGUGACUCGGAUGCAGCUGGUGCCAUGGAUGCACAGCACGACCUGCCAGUGGCUGAUGAGACCCAUCCUGCUCUGCUCUGUGCUGCAGAGCCAGAGCCCGCUCCACCUCCAGCUCGAGAGGCAGACAUGCCUGCUGAAGUAGAGCCAGCUCCCAGGGAGUUCCUGGACCUGGAGGAUUUUCAGGUUUCUUCCAGGGAGCCGUCGCAGAUUUCCAUGAAGGAUUUUGAAAAUGACCUGACCCGAGCACACGUGCUGGAGUGGCUGCCUGAGCUGAAGGCAGAGCAGUUCUCCCUCAUGGCAGUGGAGCUCUUCAAGAAGCUCAAGCCUUACCACUGCCUGCACUACGUACGAGCAGACCCCAACGAUGAGAGACAGGAGCGCCUGGCACCCACUGUGCUUGCCAUACUGACGCACUGCGACCAAGUGGCCAGCUGUGUCAUCACCACCUGUCUGGGGGACCACAGUGCGCAGGCUGCAGAGAGGGCUGAGGUGGUGGAACACUGGAUAGAGGUGGCCUUGCAGUGCCAUCUGCUGAGGAAUGUCUGCUCCCUCUUCGCAGUACUCUCUGCUCUGCAGAGCAGCCCUCUCCAAGGCCUGAAGAGGACGUGGAGAGCUGUGUCCAGGGACAGUCUCGCGGUCUUCAAGGAGCUGAAGAGGAUGUUCUCCAAGGAGACAAUUUACAAGGGGCGACCAUCCAAAUAUAUGGCCAUUUGGAAGAAACUCAGGAGAGGCCAGAGGAAACCGAAGGAACUGGACUAUCCCGAGGGCACGGUCCCUCACCUGGGCACCAUCCUCACACACCUGGCCUCACUGCAAAAAGACAAGGACUCCAAGAAUGGCACUUGGAUAUCCAUGAAACAAAGACGAGAGGAGUUCAAGGUGAUGUCCCUCAUCAAGGAACUGCAGGGCACGUGUCAGGAGCUCCAUGUGGUUCCUGAGGUGAACUUUGUGUCAUGGUUCACCAAUCUGAAACGCCUCAGUGAAAGUGAAUGUGCCAAGCUGUCUAUGGAGCUGGAGCCUCCCGUCAGGGCAUGCUGCCUGGACAGGAACCCCAGGUGGAGCCCUCUCAUGAGGAAGCCCUCAAGACAUCUCCAGGCUCCUACCAGACAGCUCAGCAGAGAUGGCAGCUCCCAGGUGAAGACAAGUGACCGGCUCCGCAGUGGGACUAGCAGCGCUCCACCCACCGUGCAGCUGGGUUACUCACCCCGUCCUUACUGCCACUGCUAUCGUUUGUACCAGUCUGCCCCAAACAUCUACAGGUCAAAGAUACUUCAAGAAUACGAUGGAAUCUUGCCACUCCUGAGCCCCCAGACCUUCAGGAGAGUUGGCCAGGAGGAGAUAACCUAAGCUGCAUCUCUUCACCCCAGAUGCCUGCAUACACUCAUUGGUGUAGAUUUGAACAGAAGAAAAUACCAACUUCCAGUGCAUCCUGGCAAACACAGUGUGUGAAGCGCAAAGCCUCAAAUGUCAUGGUUUACC